UUUUAAUCUGAAAACUUGGACCAGUUUGUCUUGUUCACUGAUUUUGUUCAUAUAAGGAAUACUACAGGGUGUCUUACUUGCUUAAAAAAAAAGUCUUUUUGGUAAUAGCAAUUAAUAUUGAUCAUAUAAUGCAUAGACCAACUGUUUCUAUGAAUCAUUCCUAAAUUGUGAAAACAACUUGUAUUUUGUCCUUGGCUGUUGCCUUAAAAACAUCAGCAGAUGAUGUUCUCCUGGCUGUAAGUUUUCUUUUAUGGGAUAAAAGAUGGCUUUCAUUUCUGGACACUGUAUUUUAGUUGAAUUAUACUUUCAUUUCUGCUCAUAUUAGAUAGAUAGUAGAGAAAAAGUGAGAAUAGGAAAGCAGGUGCCAUAUUGCUUUAAUAUGAUGUAUAAAAAAUAUCCAAGGCCUUCUAUUAUUUUCUGGGGAUUGGAGCACAUGCUAUAGAUAUACCAAAAAAACAAACCGUAGCGACCCUAUAGGACAGGGUAGAACUGCCUCCUAGGAAUUUCCUAGCUGUAAUCUUUAUGGGAGCAGAUUGCCAGGUCUUUUCUCCCAUGAAUUGGCUGGUGGAUUUGAACUGCCGACUUUUCAGUUAGCAGCCAAGUGCUUAAUCACAGUGCCAAGAGUAAAAAUUAGAAAAUUAAUCAAGUAAGAUGUUACCUAUUAUACUUAAACAUAAUAUUUUUAAAGUACACCAUACUAACGUGGUGAUUGUAAACUUACCUCACCUAAAUCAAACAACAGAGAAAUUAUAUGGUGACCCCCCUGCCCCCCGUGUUGGUUGGGACAUAUAAACCAAAAAUUCAAACCCAUUGCCAUCGAGUCGGUUCCGAGUCAUAUAGAGCCACCUUAUUAUUAUAAAGGAGCAAUGCAUCCCUGAAGUAAAUAAUAAGUAGUCACUAGCUGUUUGUGUGAGAAUCUAUAAUUUGUUCAAGGCUAGCCCCUUAUCAAGCAGUGGCAAUGAGUACCAUGCGUUUCUGAGAAACAGUGCCAAGAAAUGUUCUGCAACAAAGGGAGCCUUAGUAUGUAAGCAAUUUAAUAGAUAUAAUGACUGAAGGAGAGUCCAGAGUUGGGAUCAGUGAUCGUGUGAAUAAAGACAUUGAGCUGUAGAAAUCUCUUAGGAUGGCAGUUUUAUUAUAUGGCCGUUGUUACAAGAAUGCUGAUUGUUUAGUCCAGUUUGAGGAGCUAAAUGUGAAUGUAUGAUCAUGCUGUGUGUGGUUUGUUCUGUGCUGUGUGGGUAUUUAUUAUUGGUAUCGUGGUUUGUCCUUUUUCUACAGGAUGGCCACUGGAUGGUGUGGUCACAAGCUUUUUGGGUGCCAGAAUGGGCAGGCCCCCUCUUGAUUUGCUCCUGCUGGGCAGACGUCUGUGAAUGUCCCUGUGGCUGAGACUCUUCCAUACUGGCCAGAAAGCAUAGCUGGAAGGACUGGGACUGGCUGAUAUGGGCUGACACCCAUGCAGCCCUGCAGUUUGAAGCCUUUCUUGUGGUUUUCAGUGAGCCGGUGUUUCAAACCACGUGACAGGGCAGACUGCUUUCUCAGACGCUUUCUCUUGAUUGCUUACUUCUCCUGACUCAUUGAGGCUCUGUCUGUUGAUGAGGACUUCCUGCUAGAUUUGACACUGGACCCCGGAUGGCAGAAAAUAUUAAGCUGGCCCUGUCUCAGAGACAAACAGGAAGACACUCAGCGGAGCGAGACUUCAAGCAGACACAGAGCUUCUUGGCUCAGUUGCAUUUCGGGUGCUCACAUCAUGCCGAGCCUUCCUUGUCACAGCACGAAUCCCCACCAAGCUCGAGUUAACCUUCAGCUACUUGGAGAUUCAUGGCGUCACCUGCAGCAAGCCAGCUCAGAUGGUUGUGGAAACUGAGAAGUGUAGCAUCUCCAUGAAGAUGGCGUCAUCUGAGGACGUGACUGAAGUGCUGGCUCACAUCGGUACCUGCCUGCGCAAGAUAUUUCCUGGCCUCUCUCCAGUGAGAAUCAUGAAAAAAGUCUCCGUGGAGCCAUCUGAGCGACUGGCCAGUCUCCAGGCUCUGUGGGACAGCCAGACCGUGGCUGAGCAGGGCCCAUGUGGUGGAUUUUCUCAGAUGUAUGCCUGUGUUUGUGACUGGCUGGGAUUUUCGUAUAGGGAAGAAGUACAAUGGGAUGUGGAUACAAUUUAUCUGACUCAAGACACCAGGGAAUUGAAUUUACAAGACUUUAGUCAUCUUGACCACAGGGACCUGAUACCUAUCAUUGCUGCUCUGGAAUACAAUCAGUGGUUCACAAAGCUGUCCUCUAAGGAUCUAAAACUGUCCACUGAUGUCUGUGAACAGAUCUUGAGGGUGGUGAGUAGGUCCAGUCGACUGGAAGAAUUGGUGUUGGAAAAUGCUGGACUUAGAACAGAUUUUGCACAAAAACUGGCCGGUGCUCUAGCCCAUAACCCCAACUCAGGACUCCACACGAUUAACCUUGCUGGCAACCCACUGGAGGAUAGAGGUGUGUCCUCUUUAAGUAUUCAGUUUGCCAAACUCCCAAAGGGAUUGAAGCAUUUAAAUUUGUCCAAAACCUCAUUAUCACCUAAAGGGGUGAAUAGCCUUUCUCAGUCACUCAGUGCCAACCUGUUGACCGCCACAACCCUUAUCCACCUAGACCUCUCAGGGAACGUCCUUCGCGGAGAUGACCUCUCGUACAUGUACAAUUUUUUGGCCCAGCCAAAUGCCAUUGCUCAUCUGGAUUUAUCCAAUACAGAGUGUUCCCUGGACAUGGUCUGUGGAGCUCUUCUCCGUGGAUGCCUUCAACAUUUAGCUGUGCUCAAUCUCUCCAGAACUGUCUUUUCUUACCGGAAAGGAAAAGAAGUACCCCCGUCUUUCAAGCUGUUUUUUAGUAGUUCCCUGGCUCUGAUGCAAAUCAACCUUUCAGGCACAAAACUAUCUCCUGAGCCCUUAAAGGCGCUGUUAUUGGGCCUAGCGUGUAACCAUAACUUGAAGAGGGUUUCCCUUGAUCUCAGCAACUGCGAGCUGAGAUCAGGAGGUGCACAGGUGUUAGAAGGCUGCAUUGCUGAAAUCCACAACAUCACCAGCUUAGACAUCUCCGACAAUGGUUUAGAAUCUGACCUCUCUACUUUAAUAGUGUGGCUCAGUAAAAACAGAUCAAUACAACACCUGGCAUUAGGCAAAAAUUUUAAUAAUAUGAAAUCCAGAAAUCUGACCCCUGUUUUGGACAACUUAGUACAGAUGAUUCAAGAUGAAGAAUCACCAUUGCAGUCGUUGUCCCUGGCAGACUCGAAGCUGAAGACCGAGGUCACCAUUAUAAUCAAUGCCCUGGGAAGCAACACCUCCCUCACGAAAGUGGACAUCAGUGGAAACGGGAUGGGUGACAUGGGAGCAAAGAUGCUGGCCAAAGCAUUGCAGAUCAACACCAAGCUCAGGACUGUCAUUUGGGACAAGAACAACAUCACUGCUCAAGGCUUUCAAGAUAUAGCUGUUGCUAUGGAAAAGAACUACACAUUGAGAUUUAUGCCAAUUCCUAUGUAUGAUGCUUCUCAAGCCCUAAAAACAAACCCUGAAAAAACAGAAGAGGCUCUGCAGAAGAUAGAAAACUAUCUUCUCCGGAAUCAUGAGACUAGAAAAUACCUUCAAGAGCAGGCCUAUCGCCUACAACAGGGCAUCGUCACCAGCACCACGCAGCAGAUGAUUGACAGAAUCUGUGUGAAAGUACAAGACCAUCUCAACUCAUUACGAAAUUGUGGGGGAGAUGCUGUCCAGGAAGAUUUAAAAUCGGCGGAAAGGCUCAUGCGUGAUGCUAAGAACUCGAAAACGUUGUUACCCAAUUUAUACCAUGUUGGUGGUGCAUCUUGGGCGGAAGCCAGUGGCUUGUCAUCCAGUCCAAUUCAGGAGACCCUGGAAUCAAUGGCUGUAGAAGUUACACGAGUUGUAGAUGAACAACUAAAGGUGUUGCUUGAGUCCAUGGUUGAUGCUGCCGAGAGUCUUUGUCCAAAUGUGAUGAAAAAAGCCCACAUCCGACAAGACCUGAUUCACGCCAGCACUGAAAAGAUUUCCAUCCCACGUACCUUUGUUAAAAAUGUCCUGUUGGAGCAGUCUGGAAUUGAUAUCCUUAACAAAAUUAGUGAGGUGAAGUUGACAGUGGCCUCCUUCCUGUCUGACCGAAUUGUGGAUGAAAUCCUGGAUGCACUCUCGCAUUGCCACCAUAAACUGGCUGACCAUUUCAACAGACGUGGCAAGACCCUUCCUCAGCAAGAGUCCUUAGAGAUUGAGUUGGCUGAGGAGAAGCCAGUUAAACGCUCCAUCAUCACAGUGGAGGAGCUAACAGAGCUAGAGCGUUUGGAGGACCUGGAUACUUGUAUGAUGACUCCUAAAUCCAAAAGGAAGAGUAUCCAUAGCCGAAUGCUGCGGCCCGUUUCCAGAGCCUUUGAAAUGGAAUUUGAUCUGGAUAAAGCACUGGAAGAGGUGCCGAUUCACAUUGAAGACCCUCCCUUCCCUUCCAUCAGACAAGAGAAGCGGAGCUCAGGAUUCAUCUCAGAGUUGCCCUCCGAGGAAGGGAAGAAGCUGGAGCACUUUACCAAAUUAAGGCCCAAACGGAAUAAGAAGCAGCAACCCACCCAAGCAGCGGUCUGUGCUGCCAGCAUAGUCUCUCAAGAUGGUGAACAGAAUGGUCUGAUAGGAAGAGUGGAUGAAGGUGUAGAUGAAUUUUUCACCAAGAGGGUGACCAGAAUGGAUUCUAAGAGAUCGUCAUCAAGAGGCCCAGAGUCCCAUGAGCUUAGUGAAGGAGGAGAUGAAAAGAAAAAGCGAGAUUCUCGGAAAAGUGGCUUUCUCAAUUUAAUCAAAUCUCGAUCUAAAUCCGAGCGGCCACCAACUGUCUUGAUGAGUGAAGAGCCCUCAUCACCAAAAGGGGGAGGCAGAAGUCCAGCUGUGGACACAGCCAGGAAGGACACAAAGCCGGCCGAGCACAAUGGCAGUUCCGAACGGAUAGAAGAGAUCAAAAUGCCAGAUUCCCUUGAAGAGGGUCAAAUGGAAGAAAUGGGGAAGGUGAUGGAGCGUAGCGACAGCAGGGGCAGCCCCCAGGGCGGGCGAAGGUAUGGGGUCCAGGUGAUGGGCAGUGGUCUGCUGGCGGAGAUGAAAGCCAAGCAGGAGAGGAGAGCUGCUUGUGCACAGAAGAAGCUUGGGAAUGACACCAUCUCCCAGGAUGCUUCUGGCCUAUCCGUGAGCAGCGUAGAACGGUCGGAUGGAAGUGGGGCAGUGCCGAAACUGCCCCCAGGUCUCCCAGAGAACCGCUUCAGUUUGGCGACACCAGAAAAGAAUGCCAAAGCAGAGUCCAAAGUGGACAUGGGCUCCAGGUCUCGGGGCUCUUCCAGCACACCCACCAGCCCAAAGCCCCUCCUGCAGUCCCCCAAGCCCAACCUGGCAGCCCGGCCCACCAUCCCGCAGAAACCCAGGACUGCCUCGCGGCCAGAGGACAUUCCAGACUCUCCAUCUGGUCCUAGUUCCCCUAAAGUUGCUCUUCUUCCACCCGUCCUGAAAAAAGUUCCUUCGGACAAGGAGCGAGAUGGCCAGAGCAGCCCUCAGCCCAGUCCUAGAACGUUUUCCCAGGAAGUAGUGCAAAGAGGAGAUUAUUACAAAAGAAAUUCAGAUCAUGACAAUGACAAGCCUUCCAGUAGAGGGAAAAGAUCUUCAAAACUGUACUCCACCAUUGCAGAAGAGGAAGUGAAUGCAAUUGGGCACAGGAAGUCACAGCCAACAAAUGUUUCAAGGAGAAGCUGGGGCCAGCAGUCCCAAGAGUAUCAAGAACAGAAGCAACAGUCUCCUAGCAAAGAUGGCCGUCAAGGCAGCAAGUCUAGCGACUCUGGGGAAGAAGCAGAAAAAGAGUUUAUUUUUGUGUAAAGGUCACCCCUGCUGAUGUCUCAUUUGCAGGGUGCUUUUUUUGUUAGCCAUCAGAGAGGGACCGAGGGCAAUGCCUCUUCCCAGGCACUCUUUUCUUGGUGCUUUCUUUCCAUAUCUCUGCUCCGCCCCCCCACCUUUUUUUUUUGUUUGUUUGUUUUCUUGAGUGUAGAAACAAAUCCAUUUCUUAAGCAAUCAAAGCACGUUUAUUUGGUCUCCUCUCCCCUCCCCGCCAAGCCUUGGCAUUUGAUUUCUAAACAUUCCUUCAUAUGCCUUCAAUGAAAGCCAGCAAUUAUUCCAUGGGUCCUACUUGAAUUUCUCUGCAGCGGCUACAGAUUACCCAGCCAGAGGAGUUUUUGGAAGAUCAGUGAAGUAACUGGACACACUCUCACACAAGGAAAUGCCACCCAGCAGAUUGUAUGGGGUGCUGCUGAAAGUACUUGUGUCAGAUCUGCACAUGAGCUGAUAUAGCAAUUUAUUCUUGAUGUAUGCAAUUGCACAUUGUAAUUAUAUUAACAGAGCACACUAAUAAAUAACUUGUAUAAAGUAUAUAUACAUUAGAUGGUGGGUAUGGUUUUUACAUUCUCCCAUGGGGAACUUCUUCCUUCCUGAUGUGGAAUUGUACAUGUAAAGCUUGGUCCGUGACCUUUGCAUAACGUCAACUAAGCACAGCGAAGAAAAGCGUCCAGGAAGCCCCCAGCUGAUUCUACCACGUGCCCGGAUUCAUGUAUAUAGUUGAUUGGAAUGAGGUUUUAUGAAUAUUUGUGUUUUUUGAAGGCCUUUAACUUCUGUCUGCAUAUUAGCUUUUAAUGAGUGAUUUUAUGAGAGAAUACUUUGCCCCCUGUAUAAAAAAAAAAAAAAAAACUACUACUCUUUUUAAGACAUUUCACAAAUAUUCACUUACAUUACAGGCUGGAGGGAUUUUACUCAUAUGUAUAUUUAUACCAAUAAAAUGAUUUUACAAAUGGAA